AUGCACACCAGCCGCCCAUUGCAGCUCCACAUCGUUUGCACAGAGGAUAACGUGCCAUACCUCGAGAAGAAGUUUGCUCUCUUCACAAAGCCGAUGUACAACGUCGAUGUGACGUUCUAUCCAGUGACCAUCGACCGUCUCUUUGAGCGGCUUAACCGCGCCAACAUGGGCCACAACCCCGCCCAGCGCAGCAAACUCCUGCUACACGAGAUUCUUGUUGACGUCGAGAAGGUCAUAUUUAUCGAUACCGAUAUGUUGUUUGUCGUUGACCCAUACGAAAUUUGGAAGAAUUUUGAUUCCUUUGACGAAAACACUAUCAUACAAUUCCCUACUCUUGGACCCAAGUCCCAUGCGGGCCAAGUAUGCAGCUGUGUUAUGCUCAUGAACCUUGCACGAAUGCGAAAUCCCUCAUCGAUGUUCAUCCCUUCUUCGCUUCUACCCCAAACAUCGAUCACCGCUCUUACUGUCAUGCCAUUCGCUCGCGCUUCCCUCGAAGGCGUACCCAAUCCUUUCAAGCCUUCUGAAAAUAUCCCCUUAGACCCAUCACAACCCACACCCUUCGGAGACCAAGACAUUUAUCACGUCGUUUGGUAUUACCGAAAGGAUCUCAUCAAACAUCUCUCGCUCAGAUGGGACGUCAGCUUCUGCCGAGGAAAUCAUCAAGGCCUGUCUUUAGGACACUGGGACGAGAAUCCGAAGGAUGAAGACAUGACCGAAGCUGAGCAGAUCAAGCAACAAAGUGAUUUAGAAGGAAGCGGUGACGAGCAUUCCGUGCUCAGCCCUGGUAUUCUCCAUUUCAACUGCCAAAACCAGGGAGGCGAGAACGUCUGGCUGAAUCAAGAUAAUCAUGUAAAAGGGGCUCCGUCAGGCAAUCCAACAUACAACAACAACUACGUUACGGGAAAAUUCGGUCCCUGGGUCACGGCUGCGGUCCGAUACAAGUGGACUUGGCUAAAUCGUGGCGACGGGUCAGCCAAAGUGAAGAUCCGUGUUAUGAGCGAUCUCAGAUGGUGGGACGAACGGUUAUUGCGCACCCAAAACCUAGAGGAAUAUUGA